AUGUCGGAGAAGGCGUUAACGACGGAAAUUGCUAAUGGCUCCCCGGGGAGCUCCGCCCUGACUGCCUGGUGCUCUGAUGCCCUCCGCUGCAGCAGGGAUGGGGAAGCCCCAAGCAGACCCCAGACUUCGGGUGACUUGGCCAAGCGUCGGUCACCUGCUCCUGCAGCAGCCAGUGACGUUCAGCCGCCGCUCCUCGCCAACGCCUCGGACGCCUUCCCCGGCGCGGGCGCCAAUGCGUCGGGGCCGCCGGGCGCACGCAGCGCCUCGUCCCUCGCCCUGGCCGUCGCCAUCACCGUGCUCUACUCGGCCGUGUGCGCCGUGGGGCUGCUGGGCAACGUGCUCGUCAUGUUCGGCGUGGUCAGGUACGCGAAGAUGAAGACGCCCACCAACAUCUACCUCUUCAACCUGGCCCUGGCCGACGCGCUGGCCACCAGCACGCUGCCCUUCCAGAGCGCCAAGUACCUGCUGGGGACGUGGCCCUUCGGGGAGCUGGUGUGCAAGGCCGUGCUCGCCACAGACUACUACAACAUGCUCACCAGCAUCUUCACGCUCACCGUGAUGAGCAUCGACCGCUACGUGGCCGUCUGCCACCCCGUCAGGGCCCUGGGCUUCCGCACGCCCGCCAAGGCCAAGCUGAUCAACGCCUGCAUCUGGGUCCUGGCCUCGGGCGUCGGCGUGCCUGUCAUGGUCAUGGCCACGACCCGCCCCCGCGACGGGGCCGUGGUGUGCGUGCUGCAGUUCCCCAGCCCCAGCUGGUACUGGGACGCGGGGACCAAGAUCUGCGUGUUCCUGCUGGCCUUCGUGGUGCCCAUCCUGGUCAUCUCCGUGUGCUACGGCCUCGUGCUGCUGCGCCUGCGCCGCGUGCGCCUGCUGGCGGGCUCCCGGGAGAGGCCGCGCGGCCUGCGGCGCAUCACGCGCCUGGUGCUGGUGGUGGUGGGCGCCUUCGUGGUGUGCUGGGCGCCCAUCCACGUCUUCGUCAUCGUCUGGACGCUGGCCGACCUCGACCGGCGCGACCCC